AUGAUCUCGAAAAUAGCGAUUGGUCUUGUCGCGGCAUUGAGCACAUGCUCACAAGCUGCCGUUGCUUCAAUUCCUGACGCAUGCCCUCUUGUUCAAUUUGACAGAAUCUCGGGAGCACCAUCUGGUUGGCAAUACCAUUCCUCACCUGCGAAAACAACCAGGAUUCCUUUCAAGAUCGCCGUCAGAUCUCCUCAUCAUGACUACCUCCAGAUAGCUCACGAGGCUAGCAACCCUGAGUCCGCACGGUAUGGAAUGUACUUGAGCAAAGCGCAGCUCCUCCAAACAAUGCCAGAUGUCGGACCCAGUGUGUUCGCAAUACAAACAUGGCUUCGCAACCAAGGCGUUACGUCGUCCUUCUCGAAAGCCGGAGGCUUGGUCACAUUCGACACAUCAAUAGCAGACGCAGAGGUCUUGUUCGAGGCGAAGUACGCAUACUACAGCUACAACGGCUCUACCCCAGUGCUUCGCACGCUGUCUUACAGCAUUCCCGAAUGCAUGGCAGAUGAUGUCGAUUUCGUCUGGCCAACAACACAAUUCCUGGUGUCCAGCCUCCCGACCAAAAAGAAACAACAGGGCAUGAUAGCUCGACAGGUCGGCCCUGGCAACAAUGUGGACUGCUCGUCCGACACUUGCCCAUCAUAUCUGCAGAAGCGAUACAACAUCACUUACUCCCCACCAGACAAGGCCCCCGGGAGCAAGCUCGCCCUCGCUGGCUUCCUGGGCGACCACCCCGACACUACAGACUUCAAGUCAUUCCUCAAGUCCUACGGCCUACGCAAUGUUUCCAACUAUCAGAGCUAUAACUUCACGGUCGAGGCAGUGAAUGGCGGCAGCACCGACAAUACUGCAUCUUCAGCUUCAGUUGAGGCAAUGCUUGACUUGGAGUACUCGUCCACAUUCAUCGCCCCCCUCGACACCACCUACUACGCCACAGGCGGGCGGCCGCCAACGUGGUCGCAGCCAGGCAACGUCACCGUGCCGGACUCCCAGUCGGAGAACGAACCCUAUUUGGACCUCAUCAACCACCUUCUCCAGCUAGACGACCCACCGCAAGUGCUUUCCAUGUCCUACGCAGACGACGAACAGUCUGUCCCCCCAAGCUACGCGGAAAGAGUCUGCAACGGCUUCGGGGCCCUAGCCGCACGAGGUAUCACGGUCAUCGCCUCAAGCGGCGACGGCGGUGCAGCCGGGACAUCGUAUGAGAAUUGCGUGGGGCCCAGCGGGGAAGAGCGGUUCAUCCCAACCUUUCCUGCGUCAUGCCCAUGGGUCACCUCCGUGGGCGCUCUGGCGCCUUGGGGCGGCUCGGCGACCUACUCCAGCGGCGGGUUUUCGAAUUACUUUGCCGCGCCCUCCUGGCAGGCGAAUAGCACGGCGCCGUACGUGCGGAACGUCCUCGCCAACAGCAGCACGAUCCCGGCGAGCUUCUAUAAUGCUUCGGGGAGGGGUAUCCCCGACAUUGCGCUGCUUGGGAGCCGCUUCCCUGUCAUCACCAACGGCGCCACGACUUUGCAGAAGGGGACGUCGGCCUCGGCGCCAUUCUUUGCUUCACUGGUUGUGCUGCUCAAUGACAUUCGGCUUCGACAAGGGAAGUCGGCUGUGGGCUUUAUCAAUCCUCUGCUCUACUCUGAGGAGGGUCAGGCCUCGAUUCGGGACGUGGCGGAUGACAUCAGUUUCAUCGAGGGUUGUGAGCAGGGCGAGAAGGUCGUCGGUGGCUAUAGUGCCUCUGUGGGAUGGGAUCCUGCUUCGGGGCUGGGUGAACCUACCUUCGGGGGCUUGAGGGCACUAUUUGUAUGA